UCUCGCGUAACCACGCGGUGCACGUGUGUUCGUCGGUUCCGUGUUGCGGUAGCCAUGGACCCCUUGGAUCGAGUUGUAAAGCCAAAAACAAAACGAGCCAAGAGAUUCCUUGAGAAGAGAGAACCGAAACUUAGUGAAAAUAUUAAAAAUGCUAUGCUGAUUAAAGGGGGAAAUGCAAAUUCAUUGGUGACACAAGUACUUAGAGAUGUGUAUGCAUUGAAAAAACCAUAUGGUGUUUUGUAUAAAAAGAAAAACAUUACAAGACCAUUUGAGGAUCAGACAUCAUUGGAAUUCUUUUCAAAGAAGUCAGAUUGCUCUUUAUUUAUGUUUGGUUCCCAUAAUAAGAAGCGGCCAAAUAAUCUAGUAAUAGGUCGUAUGUAUGACUACCAUGUGCUGGAUAUGAUCGAAUUAGGUGUCGAGAAGUUUGUCUCUCUAAACGAUAUCAAGAAUAGUAAAUGUCCUGAGGGAACAAAACCCAUGUUAAUAUUUGCGGGUGAUGAUUUUGAUGUAACAGAAGACUACAGAAGGCUAAAAAAUCUUCUUAUUGAUUUCUUCAGAGGCCCCACAGUAUCAAACAUCCGCCUGGCUGGUUUAGAGUAUGUUCUGCAUUUCACUGCACUCAAUGGAAAGAUUUACUUUCGAAGCUACAAGUUGCUGUUGAAGAAGUCUGGUUGUAAAACACCAAGGAUUGAGUUGGAAGAGAUGGGGCCCUCAUUGGAUCUGGUUCUGAGGAGGACACAUCUGGCAUCAGAUGAUCUUUAUAAACUAUCUAUGAAAAUGCCAAAAGCCCUCAAGCCAAAGAAGAAGAAAAAUGUCUCCCAUGAUACUUUUGGCACAACUUAUGGAAGGAUUCAUAUGCAGAAGCAAGACCUAAGCAAACUACAAACCAGGAAAAUGAAGGGGUUGAAGAAACGACCUGCAGAAAGGAUAACAGAAGAUCAGGAGAAAAAAUCAAAGAGAAUUAAAAAAAAUUGAUGGAACUUAGCCAAUAACUACA